AUGUCUGACUCUGACGGUUCAGCCGGGAAAUUGCCCUUGACCUUCGGCAUUGAGAUUGAACACCUCUUCGGUAUCAACAUGGAUAUCAUCUCAUCCGACCCAGCAUAUCAGGUGCUACUUCCACAAGACUGUAUGCUUGAAGCUAACCGUGACAAUCUUACAGGUUACGACCCGAAGCACAAGAGCCAUACGGGCCUUCUUCAGGCCGUCAGAAUUUUACGUGAAUAUGGGGCCAGAAUCAAGGUUCAACUCUCCCAAGAGGGUGAUGGGUCCUUCGACAUGUUUUCUAAAUGGAACAUGUCACACGAUGGCUCGGUGAAAUUCCCUACUCAUCCCAUCGAGCUGCGUGUAUGGUCCGAUGAUAAGAUCAGAGACAUGGCAGGCUGGCAGUUCGCCGGUUUGGAGCUCAUUUCUCCUGCGCUGAAAGUCCCCAACCUCGACUCGCUUGGCCUUCAACCCAACGGGCUCGUUGAGCUCGCGGCUUAUCUGGCACUACUGACAAAAAACCACCCACCAGAUGCACCUUACUUUUUCCUAUCCGGUCCACAGGUCGCUGGCGUUCACGUUCACAUCGGCUUACAACCACAACCCGAAGGCCAAGUUGAGAUACCUGUUGCGUUUCUACAGCAUCUCGCCUUUAUUUGCCUAGCUUUCGAAGAUACGACAACGUUGCUACACCACCCCCACAGACAUGGGUACGUCACUUCGUAUGCUCGCAACCACGUUGGAACCAAUCGGUUCGUGGGGAAGUGGCCGCCCGGUGACUUCCCGCGCCAUUCUUGCAACCAAGGGUCCAAGUUCUUGUGCGAAGAUGCGUUCCUUCGCAUUUUCCGAGCGAGCGACCGCACCGAACUGGUCGAAUUGUUGACUACGAGAAAUGGCCAGCCUUGGAUGCAGACUGAGUUCUUUGUACGCGAAUGCUUUGUCAACUUCUCCAACUGUCUUGAGAACCUCGACCGGUCUUACAAGCGCACUAUUGAGUUUCGACAGCAUCAUGGGACCCUGGCCUUUGAGGACCUCUCCCAAUGGGUUGUCUUUGUGACGGCUCUAGGUCGGGCGGCCGAGCGUAAAGCGAAGGAGACUCCACGAGAUGAUGGCACCCAGCCACAGUCAGUUAUACAAAAAAUCGAAGCUGCUCGUGCUCGUGGGCGUGCUAGUGUGAAUGUCGAAGAAUCUGGAGUGUUGGGAAUGGCGCCUAAUGUACCUAGAUCUCACAUCAAGGACAUUCCUCCUGAGAAACUCUGGGAGGACACGGCUUUCGACAUUGACGCCACGACAACCAUUGUUCAGGAAGCGUCCAAGUAUCCCGACAUAUUCCAAGAGGGAAAAAAGCGAUCACUCAAAGAGCUGUUUGAUCUGCUUGAACUGCCCCUCGACGUGAGACAGUACUGGUGGCAACGCGCCAAGAAAUUCAGAGCCGAAUGGGCAACCAACUGGCAAAGCCAGUCGACUUGCCAGCCCGACUAUUAUUGCUGGUCUGAGCCUGUGAGGGACUGCGAAGGCUGGGCUGACGGUGAGUUGGACAGUCCACCGUGGGAUGUUGGUGCCGCUGGUGCUGGCCGUGCUCCUCGUGAUCCUUUUCGUCCUCUCCAAGCAGGUGGCUUCCCUAUCCACCUUGUAGAUGCGGAUGUCGACGUCGACAUGAUGGAUACGGAACCUCCGACCACAGGAACCCGGGCAGGACCAUCGCGCCGACGAUCAUUUCCAUAG